AAAAGUACAAAACCAAAAUAUCAUACGGAAACCGAACUCAGAAAAAAUAAGAUGAUGCAAUGAAACAAAAUUGAAAAAAUAAAGCAAAAUCAGCAAAGAUGGAGAGUCUGAAUCUGCAACACAAGCUCAAAAACAAAUGGAUAUCAACAGUAGCAAGUAUAUGGAUUCAGUGCACCAGCGGCUCACUCUACACCUUCUCCAUCUAUUCCCCAACUCUCAAAUCUACCCAAAGCUAUGAUCAGUCAACUCUCGACACCAUUUCCGUCUUCAAAGACGUCGGCGCCAACUGGGGCGUCCUCUCCGGCCUUUUAUACACCUUCGCCACCCCUUAUCACGACCAUCAUAGCCACAACGCUUAUUUUGAUGGCCCAUGGUUGGUCCACUUGGCGGGUGCCAUCCAAUGCUUUACGGGUUAUUUCCUGAUAUGGGCUUCUGUAGUUGGAUUGAUUCCUCGGCCUCCGGUGGUGGGCAUGUGCUUCUUCAUGCUUUUGGCUGCGCAUGGUCAGAGUUUCUUUAAUACUGCUAACGUGGUCACUGCUGUACGGAACUUUCCUGAUUAUAGUGGCACUGCUGUUGGUAUCAUGAAGGGGUUUCUAGGUCUAAGUGGAGCAAUAUUAAUUCAAGUUUAUGAGACUAUAUUCAACAACAAGCCCACCUCAUAUCUUCUAAUGCUGGCACUGUUGCCCACUAUCAAUCCUUUGAUGCUUAUGUGGUUUGUGAGAAUUUAUGGCACAAAUGAACUGGAGGAGAAGAAGCUUCUCAAUGCUAUUUCAUUUGUUGCUCUGGUUGUUGCUGCUUAUCUUAUGGCUUUAAUAAUAUUGGAGCAACUCAUUACUUUGCAAUUGUUUGUACGGGUCCUUACUUUUGUCGUGCUUCUAGUGUUAGUUGCAUCUCCUGUGUGUGUUGUGUUAAGAGCACGAGAAAGGGGCUUUCCUGUGAUUCACCAGAGUUUGAUGUCUAAUGAGAACAGGUUAUUGGAUAAGCCCGAGCAGUCGGAUGCUGGGAAAAUGCCAGCAGCACAUGAUCCUGCCCGCUUUCAUCACUUCCCUACUACUACUGAUCAAGAGAUGUAUGCUCAUGAUACAAGUGAUUCCCGGGAGGAAGAAAACCUUAAUCUUUUACAAGCCAUGUGCACUGUGAACUUCUGGAUUUUGUUCUUUGCCAUGGCAUGUGGGAUGGGCUCAGGGCUUGCCACAGUGAAUAACCUUGGCCAAAUUGGAGAAGCUCUUGGUUACUCAAGCUUUGAGACUAAUACCUUAGUCUCUUUGUGGAGCAUUUGGAAUUUUCUAGGCCGUUUUGGAGCUGGCUAUGUAUCAGAUCAUUUCAUGCAUGUUAGAGGAUUGGCAAGGCCAUUGUUCAUGGUCCUAACUCUAGCAACCAUGAGUAUUGGUCAUGCUCUGAUCGCAUCUGGUUUGCCUGGUGCUUUAUAUGCUGGUUCAAUAUUGGUGGGUGUUUGUUACGGCUCGCAGUGGUCCCUGAUGCCGACAAUUGCUUCUGAGAUAUUUGGUGUGAGACAUAUGGGCACCAUAUUCAAUGCCAUUACCGUAGCUAGUCCUGUUGGAUCAUAUAUUUUCUCUGUCAAAGUGGUUGGCUAUAUUUAUGAUAUGGAGGCAUCAGGACAAGGGAACAGUUGCAAUGGAACUCACUGCUUUAUGUUAUCAUUCCUUAUAAUGGCAUUUGCCACCUUAUUGGGUUCUCUUGCUGCUUUAGGCUUGUUUUUCCUGACCAGAAGCUUUUAUAAUCAGGUUGUACUUAGAAGGCUGCUACGUUCUAUGAAGCAAUAAUUCCUUAAUACUUAAACAUCCUGUGAAGAGUCAAAUUUCAGAUCAUGGCAUGUAAAAAUUUUUGUUUCGCAUUAGUGAGUGAGGUAAUAUCUGAGAUACCUCAUUCUUUGGUUGAAUGCUUCUUAUGACAUGCUUUUAGAUUGCUCUUUCUACAUUGUCAUUCCCUUCCCUGUUAAAGAAAAGGUUAAUAAUAAUUUGCAUUUCAA